GUCUCUCUGUCUGUGUCUCUGCCGCUGGGGCCAAAGAGGCGAGAGGAGGCAUUGGAGCCUUUCCAGGGCCGGGGUCCCGGGAGGGAGGGGCUUCCCCGGACAGCAUGGCCCCGCCCAGACCCCCUGGGCCCCCCUCCACCUGCCUACCCCUCCUCCUCCUCCUCCUCCUCCUGCUCUACCUGGGCGGACAGGUUGCCGAAGCCGUGGGCACCUUUGAGCUCCAGAUCCGGUUCAUGCGCAACGAGAGGGGCACCCUGGCGGACGGGCGCUGCUGCCGCGGAGGCCUGGAGCCGCCCUGCCCCGAGGACGAUCCGUGCCGGACUUUCUUCCGCGUUUGCCUGAAGGAGUACCAGUUGCGGGUGCAGCCGGGGGGACCCUGCGUCCUGGGCGCCGCCGCCACACCCCUCCUCGGGGGCAACGCCUUCUCUGCCGGACACCCCAAGCACCCCGACCACAGCCACCGAGUGGUCAUGCCCUUCGACUUCGCCUGGCCGCGUUCGUACUCUUUGAUUCUGGAGGCUUGGGAUGCUGUCAAUGAAUCUGAUGUCAACACUCCAGGAGCCGGUCAGUUGGUGGAACGGGUGACUCGAUCAGGGAUGCUGAACCCGAGCGAGGGUUGGCAAGACCUUCGGCACCACGGCCGGGGCGUCUUGCUGGACUUCCGGUUGCGUGUGCGCUGCCAGGAGCACUAUUACGGCCCGGCGUGCAACCUCUUGUGCCGGCCCCGUGAUGACUUCUUCGGGCACCAUGGCUGCGACGCCGCGGGCAACAAGGUCUGUCUGGAUGGAUGGACGGGAGACGAGUGUAAACAAGCGGUGUGUCGCCAAGGGUGUCACGGGUUUUGUGAGGAACCUGGUGAGUGCAGCUGCCAUUAUGGCUGGAGGGGAACCCUCUGCGAUGAAUGCAUCCCCUUCCCGGGUUGCGUCCACGGGAGCUGCACCGAGCCGUGGAAGUGCGACUGCGAGACCAACUGGGGAGGACUUCUGUGUGACAAGGAUCUGAACUAUUGUGGGUCGCAUUCCCCUUGCCAAAACGGAGGCACCUGUGCCAACAAGGAGCCCAACGAGUACGAGUGCCUCUGCCUGGAGGGUUUCGGCGGCCGGAACUGUGAGAACGCUCUCCUAUCCUUGGGAAAAGAAUCGACUUGCGCUCUGGAGCUUUGUGCCAAUGGGGGAACGUGCCUCCGAAGCGCAUCCGGAUGGCGAUGCGCCUGCCUCCCGGGAUGGAGCGGAGAGAAGUGCCAGGAUGCAGUGAUGACGUGCCUCUCAAAGCCCUGCAGCCAUGGAGGGAGUUGCCAGGACCAUCUAGAUGGAUUCAGGUGCCUUUGCCCAUCGCAGUGGAUGGGGAAGACCUGCCAGAUUGAUGUGAACGAAUGCCAGAAGAACCCCUGCCUACAUUCCCGGAGCUGCAAAAAUCUCAUCGGAGGCUAUUUCUGCGAUUGUCUGGACGGCUGGAAGGGACCAAACUGCAACAUCCGAGAAAACGCUUGCCAGAUCCAGUGCCGUAAUGGAGGGACUUGCCAGGUGAGAGGAGGCAAGCCCAGAUGCUCCUGCCGGAAGGGAUAUACAGGUGCUGAGUGCGAGACGCAAUUGGGAACUUGUGAAGAUAACCCCUGUUUGCAUGGAGGACAGUGCCGAGAGACGGAAAACCGGACUUUCCAGUGUAGCUGUCCUUUGGGGUUCAGUGGGUCUCGUUGUGAGAUCUCGGGGGAUCUCUGCUCCCCAAACCCGUGUCCCAAAGGGGCGAGCUGCCUGGCGGGAGAAGGCACCUAUCUCUGCUCCUGCCCUGAAGGUACCACUUGCCAGAAAUUGCAAGAAGCCUGCCUGGAUGGCGCAUGUCAAGGGGGAAGCAGCCCAAACCUUCUCUACGUGGUGCUGCCGCUGGCCUUGGUCCUGAUCUUGGCAACCCCGACGUUGGCACUAAUGGCACGGAGGCUUCGCCGAAAACCCGGAGAAGCCGCAGCCGGGCUUCAGGAACCGGCGGCCAACAACAACCUCCGUUUGGACGCUGCCGUUCAACUCAUCCGCAACGCCACCCGUGCCAAGGGCGAGGCGGGCCCGAUUGUGGACGGGGUUGCAGUCAAGGCAGGGAUGCCCGCGGGCGGGUGCCUGUCGAAGACGGACAUCUCCAACGAUGAGAGAGCCAAGCUCAACCAACUCAACCGGAGACCCUUGCUUUGACCAACGGAGAAAGAGAACUCGAGGAGGACUCGAUCUCGAGACCCCGAAACUAGAACUCCCAAAGCACCUUAUUUGGACCUUUUCUAGUAUUGUUUUUGUUAUU